AUGCAAGAAGAAGAAUAAACCAAACCUCAACUAGAAAGACUAUUAGAACCAGAAUAGUACUCUCCAUUGCAAGAACUAAAACAAUCGAAAUCAAUUGUCCAAGUCAAUUAAAAUAAAACUCUUUAUUAAGAUUAUGUGAAUUUGACUGAUAUAAGCAUAAUUGAAGAAGGUGAGCUAUCAUCAAGAUACUCAAAGUAUUUAUAAGCAGGAGAUUUAUAGCUAGUUAAAAACUAAACCUAAAUUUUUAUUAACGGUAGAUCAAAUGAUGAUAAUGUUGGCUUUGCCAUGCUGAGAGACGCCAAAACAUACGAGGAAAUUAAAUUGAAAAUUCUCGACAGAGAAAACAAUGAUCUCACUACAUAAAAUCAGACAAGAAUAAUCAGCAUCCAAAAGAUUGAUGACUACUUUGAUGAUAAGGAACCUGCUGUAUAUGACCUUUACGAAUGGUAUUAAAAUAUACCAAAAAGAGAAAUAGGAAAAACUGAACCAUUGAUCUACAUUUCACCUGAUGGAGUUUUGAAAAGUAUUACUGGCUACCCAGAUUUUGAAAUAAGUAAUUACUUCACUAGUAAGUGUCUGUUUGCUACAUAUCAAAAAGGCUCUAGAACAUUGAUAUUUGAUCAAGAAACACUAAAAGUCAAGCAAGAUCUUGAUCAUCAAAUUUUUUUCAGCUACGAUAUGUAAUACUUAGGAUAUGAUUCUUAAUUCAAUCUAUACUAAAUAAUAAAUUCCUACUCAAUGUUAACAAUUAAGAUUGGACAACUAUUCCCUUCCGAAGGUUUUAGUUUUGAAAACAAAAAGCCACUAGUGUUACCGAAUUCGAUAGUAAUGCAUGGAAAAUAAAAACCUGGAACAAGUGGAGCAAUUUUAAUAUAUGAUAAACUUAGAUUUAAUCUUAUAAAUCAAUUCACAUUGAGCCAAGUUCAUGAAGAGUUUAGUUGCUUCAUUUUUUAUGAUGAUGGUCUUUUAAAAUAUUUGAACAAUAAUAAGAAAAAAUUUUAUCAUUAUAAACUCUAUAACUCUAGGUUUUAUCAAGAAGAUGAUUUAGUUGUAUAAUAUACUAAUAAAUUCAAGUCCGAUAGAAAUUUUAUUACAUACUUAUAAAACAACUAAAUGAAUGUCUUUGAUUUAUCUAAAAAAAGGGAUAUUGGAGUAAUUUCUAAUCUCAUUCAUCCAGAUUAUACUACAUUUUUAUAAUUAGGCUCAUAAUAUUUUAUGGUUGGAGUAAAAAGAAGUGAACUUUACUUGGUCAAAUAAAAUGAUUUUUCAGUUUUUCACAAAUUGACUAUGGAAGGUAGCUUUCAUCAUGAAUAGCACUAAGUUGUUUCCAUAACAAACUCAGAAAUUCAAUUAGCAGCGCUCUCCUAUGACAAUUUUUUUACGAAUCUUAUAAUCAAUCUUAAAGAUUAUACUGCAAAAAUUUAAAAAUUAAAUCCUUUUGAAGGAAAAUUAGGAAAAUUGACCAGAGAUAAUUUUUAUAAAUUUUUUAAAAAUGAAGAGACAGGACAGAUACUUAUUAUCAUAGUUGCUAACAAGACCCUUUUUAAGUAUGAUGUUAUAUAAAAUUCUAUUGAGGAAUUUUAAGGUGAUUAUGAAUUUAAAUAUUUAACAAUUUGCUGGAACAAUAAUGUAAUCUUUGGAUUCAAAGAUUGCCAAACAAUCUAAGGAUAUGAUCUAGACACUCUCGAAGUUCUACCAUUAAUAAGCUAUAAAUGUGCUGAAAUUAUGUGGUACCCAACAGUCAAAGAUGGUUAUCUUUUUACAUAUUUAUCUAGUACUAAUAAGUAUUUAAUUUAUGAGAUAAAAAAUAGAUCAUUAACUCAAAAAAGAAUAACUUCUCCAAUUAUUCCUGAAGAAACUAUAAAGUAUCAUUGA